AUGAAUCGCUCGUAUCCACCGCACGAUGACAAGGCCGAGGUAAUCCACGUAGAGGAUGGCGUACAUGAUGCCGACGAGCACAUGGGCAAGCAAUUCGCCAACGAUGCCGAGGGGAACCUUUUGCACGUCGACGAGGCCGCUAGUAAAAGGUUGACCAGAAAGCUAAAACACCUCAUCUGCCAGAUGGACCUCUAUGUCGUCCCGAUUGUCGCAAUUCAAUACCUGUUUGCCUUUAUCGACCGGGCUAACAUCGGCAAUGCCAAGAUCGCGGGGCUCGAGAAGGAUCUCGGGCUGAGCGGAUACGAUUACAACCUGCUGCUCAGCGUUUUCUAUAUCAGCUAUAUCGCGUUCGAACUCCCCGCGAGCAUGUUUACGAAAUGGUUCGGACCUGGGCGAGCUAUCCCGCUCUAUACCAUCAUCUUCGGGAUCCUCUCCAUCGCCAUGGCCUUUGUGACCAACCUCGGUUCAGGCUGCGCCGUGCGCUUCCUCCUCGGGGCUGCCGAAGCGGGCAUGUUACCAGGGAUCGCUUAUUACUUGUCCCGGUGGUACCCCAAGCGGGAGUUGGCUUUCCGGUUGGCCAUGUACUUGGUCUGUUCGCCGCUUGCGGGAGCGUUCGGGGGAUUGUUGGCUUCGGGAAUCCUCAAGAUCGACUCUAUCGGCUCGGUCAGGUCAUGGGAACUGAUCUUCUUGAUCGAGGGGAUCAUCACUACCGGUAUCGGAAUCUUUGCAUGGUUCUUCAUGACUGCCGACCCGCAAACCGCCCGAUGGCUGAGCGCCGAAGAGAAAGUACUCGCUGACAACCGGAUCAAGAGGGAACAGAUCGGAUCCACAGUCGUCGUCGAAAAGCUCAACAAGCGAGGUAUCUUGCAAGGGCUGAAGAACCCGGUAGUGAUCGCUAUCGCUUUCACGUUCUUGUUGAACAACAUCUCUGUGCAAGGUAUCGGAUUCUUUACUCCCACCAUCGUCCGUACGAUCUACCCCAAUAAGAGCGUCAUCCAACAACAACUACACACCGUCCCGCCUUACAUCGUCGGGGCUGUAAUUACGGUCAUCUUCCCCUACCUCUCGAUGAAGGUGAACAAACGAGGUCUCAUCGUACUCGGUGUCGCUCCCCUCUGCUUGGCGGGCUGGGCGAUCCUCUUAGGUUCGCACGACCAGAGCGUCAGGUACGGAGCGAUCUUCUUGACAAUCGGAGGUGCCUUUGUACCCGGCCCUACUUUGCCAGCUUGGACGUCGGGUAACGUGGUGAGCGAUAGUUCGAGGGCGGCAGCGAUCGGUUUGGUAGCUAUGUUCGGGAACUGCGGCGGCCUGAUCUCCACCUGGACCGCCCUCCCCUCCGACGCCCCCUGGUACAACAUCCUCUCCGGUCUCAACCUCGCAGCAACAGCGAUCCAGAUCAUCGUCUGGGCCGGUAUUCUCAUUUAUAUGAAACGCGACAAUCGGGCGAGGGAUAGGGGGAGGUAUGAUCAUUACGUCGACGAGUAUGCGCCGGAGGAUAUGUGGAAGUUGGGGACGAAGCAGCCUGGGUUUAGGUGGAUGGAGUGA